AAUUAAAAUAGCAAACACUUCUCGGUUGUCUUUUCCGGCGGAAAAUCACGUCGUGGAAUCACAACUCAAAACCUUAAAAGAACCCCGGUCUGGGGUUUCCCCUUGUCUCCGAUACAGUGAUAUUGUAUCGUUGAUACUUCUGCAUACCCAAAAGAAAAAUAGAUGAAGAAACAAUGGUCGCCGGACAAAACAGAACGGUGCCGGAGAAUCUAAAGAAACAGCUUGCAGUUGCUGUUCGAAGCAUCCAAUGGAGUUACGGAAUCUUCUGGUCUGUCUCUGCAACUCAACCAGGAGUGUUGGAAUGGGGAGAUGGGUACUACAAUGGCGACAUCAAGACAAGGAAAACGAUUCAGACGGCAGAGAUAAAAGCAGACCAGUUAGGGUUACAGAGAAGCGAGCAGCUCAGAGAGCUGUUCGAGUCUCUCUCCGCCGGAGAAUCCUCCGCCGGUUCUCAAGCUCCCCGGAGAGCCUCCGCCGCCGCUCUCUCGCCGGAGGACCUCACUGACACCGAGUGGUACUACUUGGUCUGCAUGUCCUUCGUCUUCAGCAUCAACGAAGGAAUGCCUGGACGCACAUUGGCGAACGCUGAACCAAUAUGGCUUUGUAACGCUCAUAACGCCGACAGCAAAGUUUUCACCCGCUCUCUUCUCGCCAAAAGCGCUUCGGUUCAGACGGUGGUUUGCUUUCCGUUUCUUGGCGGCGUCGUGGAGAUCGGCACCACAGAACACAUUAAAGAGGACUUGAAUCUGAUACAAUGCGUUAAGACAUCGUUCUUGGAAGCUCCUCCAUACACUACAAUCCCGAGUAGACAGGAUUACCACCACGUUCUCGAUCCACAAUACGUUCCUCUGUUUGGGUCAGAGGCUUUCGGGGUGAAAUCUCCGAGCAUAACAGCAAAUGGGUUGGAACUCGAUCCCCAGCACGAACUCGAAGAUCACGAUUCUUUCAUGGCCGAAGGAAUCAAUGGCGGUUCGUCUCAGGUUCAAAGCUGGCAACUUGUCGAUGAAGAGCUCAGCAACUGCGUUCACCAAUCUUUGAAUUCCAGCCAUUGCAUCUCUCAAACGUUUGUUGAGCCUGGGAGUGUUACUUGUGGUCCAAGGAAGGGCAUAGUUCAAGAAACGGGACAGCUGUUCGGGCAGAUCCGAGGACAAAACCACGUAAAUAUGGCAUCUUUCGAUGCGAAGAACGAUGAUGUGCAUUAUCAGAGCGUUCUCUCGAUGAUUUUCAAGACGACUGAUCAACUGAUUCUCGGACCUCAGUUUCAGAACUGCGAUAAAAGGUCGAGCUUUACGAGGUGGAAGAGAGGAGCCUUUGUGAGGUUUAUCGGACCCAACACGGGAAGUAAUGUGAACCAGAAAAUGCUGAAGAAGAUUCUCUUCGAAGUUCCUCGAAUGAACAAGAAUGAUUCGGUGGAAACUCCCGAAGAUAGCGGAAAUAGGGUCGGGGAUGAACCCGCGAAUCACGCCUUGUCAGAGAAGAAACGACGCGAGAAACUUAACGAACGGUUCAUGAUUCUGAAGUCUAUCAUCCCUUCCGUUAACAAGACGGACAAAGUAUCGAUUCUUGACGAGACGAUAGAGUACCUUCAAGAUCUGGAGAGAAGAGUUCAAGAACUGGAAUCUUGCAGAGAAUCGACAGACACAGAGGCGAGAACGGCGAAGAGGAAGAAACCCAACCAGGAAGCAGGAGAAAGAACAUCAGCGAAUUGCACAGACACUGACGAUCAUGGGGGAAACGAGACGAGAGGUUUGGUUAACAAGAGAAAGGCAAGUGAUGUGGAAGAGACUGAACCGGAUACCGGUUCAGCGGGUUUAACCGACAAUUUGAGGAUCUAUUCGUUCGGCAACGAGGUGGUUAUUGAGCUUAGAUGCGCUUGGAGAGAAGGUGUCUUGCUUGAGAUUAUGGAUGUGAUCAGUGAUCUCAACCUGGAUUCUCACUCCGUACAGUCUUCUACCGGUGACGGUUUUCUAUGCUUAACCGUCAAAUGCAAGCACAAGGGGUCGAAAAUAGCGACACCAGGAAUGAUCAAAGAGGCACUUCAGAGAGUUGCAUGGAUAUGCUGAGUUCUAUUGGUCCGGUUUAAAUUGACACUUUUUUUUUUCGGUUUAGGAUCUCUCUAGUCUUUGGUAUUCAAUGAUUCUAACCGGAUUUUGGCAUUAUGAAUUUUGGAAAUUCAUGCGGUAUUAAUGUAAAAAAGAAUCGUAUUUUUCUAUUUUUUUUAGCAUUAAGUGAUUGAAGUGAAUGAUAUCAGAUAUUUGGUUA